AUGGCUAGAGGAUUGAAGAAGCAUCUGAAGAGGCUCAAUGCCCCAAAGCAUUGGAUGCUCGACAAGCUUGGGGGUGCUUUUGCUCCCAAGCCAUCAUCUGGGCCUCACAAAUCUAGGGAGUGCCUUCCACUGAUCCUCAUCCUGAGGAACAGGUUGAAGUAUGCUCUCACAUACCGUGAGGUCGUUUCCAUUCUCAUGCAGCGUCAUAUUUUGGUUGAUGGCAAGGUUAGGACCGAUAAGACCUACCCUUCUGGAUUCAUGGAUGUUGUUUCCAUCCCAAAAACAAAUGAGAACUUCCGUCUGCUUUAUGACACCAAGGGUCGGUUCCGGCUCCACUCAAUUAGAGAUGAGGAGUCUAAGUUCAAGCUAUGCAAGGUUCGGUCAGUGCAGUUUGGGCAGAAGGGCAUCCCCUAUAUUAACACUUAUGACGGGAGAACCAUUCGCUACCCUGACCCCCUCAUCAAGGCCAAUGACACUAUCAAGCUGGACUUGGAGACAAACAAGAUCACCGACUUCAUUAAGUUUGAUGUUGGAAAUGUUGUCAUGGUGACUGGUGGAAGAAACAGAGGUCGUGUUGGAGUCAUUAAGAACAGGGAGAAGCAUAAGGGAAGCUUUGAGACCAUCCACGUUCAGGAUGCCACUGGUCACGAGUUUGCUACUCGGCUUGGUAAUGUGUUCACCAUUGGCAAGGGUACAAAGCCUUGGGUGUCUCUUCCCAAGGGCAAAGGUAUCAAGCUAACCAUCCUUGAAGAGGCAAAGAAGCGACAAGCAGCAGCCCAAACAGCUGCUACUGCUUAA